AUGCCUUCUCUCGCGACGCUAUUCACAGCUCUCCUCACGACCCAGCUCACCAUCGCCGCUCCCGCUCCUUACGGUAAACCUAGAGACCCCACACUCGGUGCUGUCGCCUCAGAAACCGCAUUAUGCAGCCGUGUCGGUGUUGACCUCCUGAAGGCUGGCGGCAAUGCCGCGGACGCGAUGGUGGGCACAGUCUUCUGCGUGGGAGUCGUGGGAAUGUAUCACUCCGGCCUAGGAGGCGGCGGGUUCAUGCUGGUGCGUGGUUCGAACGGAACCUAUGAAUUCAUUGAUUUCCGGGAGACUGCACCGGCUGCGGCGUUCCAGGAUAUGUACAACUCCACGAACUAUGGAGUGAACGCGUCGAUCUUCGGGGGUCUAGCAAGUGGCGUUCCAGGGGAACUACGAGGUCUUGCACAUCUGCAUGAGAACUACGGCCAGUUGCCGUGGGCGGACGUCAUAGCUCCAGCCAUAAAGACAGCACGGUAUGGCUUUCCAGUCACCCAAGAUCUCGUCAACUACAUGGAUAGCGCCACUGCUGGGCCGGGCAACUUCCUAGUGGACAACCCGACUUGGGCGCUCGACUUUGCCCCUAAUGGCACCCUUGUGGGCCUCAAUGACACAAUCACAAGGAAGCGGUAUGCCGAUACGCUGGAGAUUAUCGCUCUUGAGGGUCCGGACGCUUUUUAUACUGGGGCCAUUGCUGAGACCACCAUCGCCGCGCUGCAGGCUGAGAACGGAACUAUGACUAUGGAAGACUUGCGGAACUAUACCUUAGCGAUCCGCCGACCAUCGGAGAUCACCUACCGAGGCUACAAGCUCACAAGUUGCAGUGCGCCCAGCAGCGGCAGCGUUGCACUCAGCGCGCUAAAGAUCGUAGAGGGCUACACGGAAUUUGAUGACCCAGCGGCGGUAAACCUCACAACUCACAGAUUAGACGAGGCCAUCCGCUUUGCAUACGGCCAACGGGCAGAGCUGGGAGACCCUUCCUUCGUUCCAGGCUUGUCGCGGUAUGAACAGCUGAUGCUUUCCGAGAACAUCACAGCGGAAAUCCGUAAUAAGAUCGACGACAACCGCACCCUCAACGUAACCGAAUACAAUCCUGAUGGCUUCGAGAGCCUCGAAACGCCCGGCACGUCCCACGUCGUCGCAGCCGACUACACCGGCCUAGCGAUCUCGCUCACCACAACCGUGAACCUGCUCUUUGGAUCCAAACUCAUGGUCCCCGAAACCGGCGUCAUCAUGAACAACGAGAUGAACGACUUCUCCAUCCCCGGCGUCUCCAACGCCUUUGGGUAUGUUCCGUCUCCAGCCAACUACGUCCGCCCCGGCAAGCGGCCGCUCUCUUCCAUCACGCCCACCAUCGUCGAGCAUGCGAACGGGACGCUCUACUUCGUCGUCGGAGCCGCGGGUGGCUCGCGCAUCAUCACCUCGACCAUACUGAAUCUGCACAAUGUGCUUGAUCUGGGGCUGUCAGCGCCGGAGGCGCUGGCGAGACCGAGAUUACAUGAUCAGCUGAUGCCGAAUAUCGUCGCGUUCGAGUAUACGUAUGACAAUGGCACGACGGCGUUUAUGCGCGAGAGGGGCCACAAUGUUACGUGGAUUGCAUCCGCGCUAAGCUCGGCGCAGGCGUUGAGGAGGCUAGGAAAUGGGACGUUUGAAGCCGCGGGAGAGCCGAGACAGUUCGACUGUGAGUAUGACCUGUUUGUGAAAGUGGAGCGAACCUGCUGA